UUUAAUUGCAAUUUAUGACUGAAACGUUUCUCAUAUACAAAGUAGAAACAUGUUGAUUUAUGAUGUGUUGCACAAGGAAUCGGUGUACCACUCGGUUAUCGGCGAUCUUCGUAAUUACGGAGUUAAAUAUCGUUUCAAGAAGAACAUGUUCAAGACCGAAAGACUGGAGGGAAAUAAACAGAUUUCGAAGAAAGUCUUCAAAACCCCUUUGUCAUAUCAACCGUUGGACGUGGUGAAUUUGUCCUCGGGUGGCAUCGUGCACGUACCAGUUUUCGUUAGCCAAGCAGCUGCCUUUUUAGAGAAACAUAUUAACCAAGAGGGACUGUUUAGAAAAGCAGGCUCGCAACUCAGACAAAAGGAAUUGACAGCUUAUUUAGACAGUGGUGGGACCUUCAGUGAAAAGCAUCAUGUCAUUGACGUAGCAACUAUUUUAAAAAUGUUCUUUAGAAAUUUACCAGAACCGUUGAUUCCAUAUACUUACCACGAUCUGUUUGUUCACUGUGUCAUGUUGAAAGCUAAUCGAGUAGAAGCAUUGCUGUUAGCUUGUAUCCUUUUACCUCCUCAUCAUUUGAAUACAUUGGCAUUUUUUAUGGAAUUUCUAAAGAGGGUAUCGUUGUGUGAGAAACAGAAUAAAAUGAGCAUUGAUAACUUAGCCAAAGUAAUCGGUCCGAAUAUCAUGCCUCUACAAGAAACUACUAUGUCCGCUGUACAGAUGAGACUGGAUUUACAUUUGCUUGUUGUUAAGACUUUAAUAGAGAAUGCAGAGUGCAUUGGAAUUUUACCAGAUCAUAUAACGCAAGCCAUUUCUAUGGAAACAAUUGGUAGCACAGAUAAUGAAUUAGAUGUAUCUGAUCAUUCUCAUUCGAAAUUUCGAAAAAAGAAACAUCGCAGUGGAAGUCUUACACGUAAGCCACAUCUAAGUGCCUCCAACCUCAAUCUAAGAAUGUUUAAUGGAUUAAAAAAGAUCGUGGGUAAAAAUGCUGUACCUGAAGAUGGUAGCGAGUACAGUGGUCAAAGAAUUCCUGAAAAUUAUGAUUCGAAUGUUAAAUCAACGAAAAAGAGAAAAGUUGAUAACGUAGAUCCUUCGAGUAUAAAAAAGAAACGAGUGGUUGAUAAGGAUAAAUCGAAAAAGAUCAGACUUAGUCUUGAUCGUUUUGUACCAAAGAAAACAAAGGCAGUCGAUGAGAGUCUGGAAUCUUAUCCGAACACCGCCGAGAUACCCGUGGAACGACGUUGGAGUUCAGUUUCGAACACGUGCGACUCGCGCAGAAGCUACAGAACAUACAGCGAUGAUUCGCCAAACUUGAGAGAAAACAGGAUGUCGAACGAGCUUCACAGAGAAUACGACGAUAUGUUCAUCGACGCGGAUAUCAAUUUAUCUAACGAUAGUGACGAGCCGAUCUUGUUAACAAAAACAAAUGAUAUGGAUUUGUUUAAAGGACAAUCGAAUUCGAGCUCGGAGGAGCUGAAACCUGUAGGCGAUUUCGAUCCGAGACGCGCGUGCCCGUCGAAGAGGAGGCUAACUGUAAAUAAUUUCGAGACGUAUUCACGCGUUCAAGUCACGUCCGUGGCUGACCAGUCAGAGGAAUACGUCACAAUACCUAAAAGUGAAUACGAGGAUAUCAAGAACCGAGUUUCUGCUAUUGAAUCUCGCUUGUCUCAGGAAUUCGCUUGUGUAGAUAAAGACGAUGAUGAUUUACUGCCGCAUUCUGUAAAAAAAGUACAAACCGCGUACGAGAAGACUUUGGAGGAAACUAGUUUAGAAAGUAACGCGUCGACAGACUAUUUAGCUACGAAACUUGGUAAAGAACUGAAAAUUCGGAGAUCGGGCGAUCAUAAAAUUAUCAGAUCUCCGAGUGCUCGGAAAAUAGGAAGUUUAAGAAGGAGAUCGCAGGAAAGGGUGAUGAAUAAACGCGUCAGGCGAACUACUUCGUGGCACAUCUCUCACAAAUCAGAUUUCAAUUUUCACUCCACUCAAGAGAUGAACAACGCUUAUCCUCACAAUGAGAAUAGCUCUACGACAAACUGUACAAAGGACGAUUUUUACGUGCAACCGCGGUCCACAUCGCAAUGGGAAGAAAAAAGACAUAACAUGAUUCUAGAUAACAUACACAAUGAAUUUAGUACUCCGAAUGCGCACACGAAAAAGUACAAUCAAAAUUCUUUGCAAUCGGGGAAGAAUCGAAUACGAUCCUCGGUACGUCGAGUGUCGUCGUUCCAUGGUAAUGAACAAACCAAUUCAGCGCAUUCAGAUGACAAAAAUGAAAACUUGAAGAAGUCAAGCAGCCAGCAAAAUGUGGUAUUAAAUAAUACGCCCGUGACCAAAUCGAAGACACCGACUUCUUGGAAAGACGCGAAAGGAUAUUUCCAGACGAACCAAACGAACACCCCGAUCAAUCAAACUGGCCGUGCGUCGAUCGCGAAAUUGAGAACUCAGAACGCCGGGAUGGUGCUGGCUAAGGCUAAGCUGUUCGACGAAUGUACCGCGAAAGUGUACAGUACCCAGAACUUCGUAGCGAGUAAAAAAAACGGUCAAUGUCCGGAUAACGUGAAGCAAAGCUGCGAACGGAAAUCGAGUAAGAAUGCAAAAAGCAGAUAUCCGAAAGCAGCGAAACAUACUCCUCCUCCAAGUAUAGAGACUGAGAAAGAUCAGAUCGAAACGUGUUAUUACAUUCCCAAUGACUCCGCGAAUCACAAAGAGAACGUGGUUAAAACAUCACCUUUGGUGAGGAAAAUACCUAUAAAUACAAUAAUGCAUGAGCCAAGACUGAACGUGUACAAAACGGACAGUGUAUUAACUUGUAAAACGCCGAAUAUAAAGAAGCCGUUAACAGUAAAGACGCCUAAAAGUGGAAAGGCGUUAGUUAGGAAAUCUACUGUAGAAACUCGCAGGACACCUUUGAAAGCUGUUAGUCAAUUAAGCACCCCGAAAUAUCAGAGUCCUAAAAGCAUUUUAAAGAUGUCAAGGAACAUCAGUAGAUACACUUAACGAACUCGUCGAAGAUGUGUUCGAUUGAUUAAUUAAAUUAGCAAGCUAUAAAAUGGUGAAACCAUCGAAAGAUUGUUAGAAACAAUUUAUACAGGGUAAGUCGCCUGAGGCAAGCCACC